AUGGAUUUAAGCUCUGGUUCAUCAAGCAUGAGUAGAUCUUCUGGAUUUAUGAAGAAGUGUGAUUGUGGUUUGCCAGCAAAGAUAUUUACAUCAAAGACUGAAAAGAAUCCUGGUAGAAAGUUUUUCGGUUGUCAAAAGUACAAGGAUGGUGGAACUGAGCAUUGCAAGUACUUUAAAUGGUUUGAUCAAGAAGAGGUGAGAGGAUGGCCGCGAAACGCCUUGAUUCAAGCAGCAGCUGAAAAUCGUGAGAAGGAGAAAUUGAUAGGUCACCUCCAAAUGACAAUUAUGGAACUGCGGAGUGAUUUGAAGAAGCAUGUCGAAGAUGCAGAAAAAGUCAUGUAUAGGCAACAAUUGAUCAUCACUGGGUUAUCCGGACUGCUUGUAUGUGCCAUUGGAACCAUUGUGUGUUUGGUUUAA